GAGAGGGAGGAGGGAGGAGGGGGGAGAGGUUUUUACAUGGUGAAGAAGGAGGAGGAGGCCAAGGGAAUGCGACUGGGGAAGUACGAGCUCGGGAGGACGCUGGGGGAGGGCAAUUUCGGGAAGGUGAAGUUCGCCGCGGACGUCGAGUCCGGCCAGGGGUUCGCCGUCAAGAUCAUCGACAAGGCCAAGAUCAUCAACCUCAAGAUCACCGAUCAGAUAAAGCGAGAGAUCGGCACAUUGAAGCUCCUCAAGCAUCCCAACGUGGUCAGAUUGCACGAGGUCUUGGCGAGCAAAACCAAGAUUUACAUGGUCCUGGAAUAUGCAACGGGGGGAGAACUGUUCGACAGAAUUGCAAGUCGGGGAAGGCUUCCUGAAGCUGAAGGGAGGAAGCUCUUUCAGCAACUAAUAGAUGGUGUUAGCUACUGUCACGACAAAGGUGUUUUCCACCGAGAUCUCAAGCUGGAGAAUAUUUUGGUUGAUUCAAGGGGAAACAUAAAGAUCACAGAUUUCGGCCUUAGUGCUUUACCCCAGCAUUUUAGGGAUGAUGGAUUACUUCAUACCACCUGUGGGAGUCCCAACUACGUCGCUCCGGAGGUUCUUAAGAACAGAGGAUAUGAUGGGUCAACCUCAGACGUGUGGUCAUGUGGUGUUAUACUUUACGCCAUUCUGACUGGGUAUCUCCCUUUUGAUGACAGAAAUCUGGCUGUUCUCUAUCAAAAGAUAUUCAAAGGAGAGGCUCAUAUCCCGAAAUGGCUAUCCCCAGGUGCCAAGAGUCUUAUAAGGCAAAUUCUCGAUCCCAAUCCUGUCACCAGGUUAACUAUGGAUGGUAUUAAAGCAGACAAUUGGUUUCGACAGGACUAUAAUCCUGCAAACCCUGACGACGAAGAGAGCAUUUUUAUUGACGACGAAGCCUUUUCCAUGCAGGAAGUGACAUCCGAAGGGGAGAAGAGUCCACGAUCACCCACCCUUAUCAAUGCCUUCCAGCUAAUUGGAAUGUCUUCAUGUUUAGAUCUCUCUGGCUUCUUUGAAAAAGAGGACAUCUCGGAGAGGAAGAUUAGAUUUACAUCCAAUCAUUCUGCGAAGGACUUGAUUGAGAGGAUCGAGGAUACAGUGACGGAGAUGGGAUUUCGGGUUCAAAAGAGAAAUGGGAGAUUGAAAGUAAUGCGAGAACAAAAGGGUCAGAAAAGUCCGGGAUCUCUUUCAGUUGCUGCAGAGGUUUUCGAGAUAAGCCCAUCCCUGUUUGUAGUUGAGUUAAGAAAAUCAUAUGGAGAUUCUACAGUUUAUAGACAGUUGUGCAAAAGGCUAUCAAAUGAGCUGGGCGUACCGCAAAACCAGCAGCUCCUGACCUCCGGAUUGUAAAUAGCGUUUGGUCCCCGGAGGAAGAGUUUUAUUUUUUUUGUUUCACCGCACAGACCACUCGGGACUGUGAAGCAAGAGCUAGAGAGUGACAUGAGGUCCGCUUGCACUGGCCCUCCCUCGCCACCUGUUGGCGAGCAUCGUGUGAUGAGAGAAUUUCAGUACGAGGAACCCAUUGGUUAUCUUUACUGCGCUCAGGAGGCUCAUGUUUUCGAAUCCUGGCGAUUCUGCGAUUCUACAGCAAAUGCCAUAAGUCUCCAGGAUUAGAGACUGUUUUGUUCAAAGAGAACUCGGUGGUCGGGAGUGCGAAUGAACAAAAGAACACCGUGGGCUCGUUUCUCAUAGUCAUCAGCUUGGUCAUGUGUAGAUCUUCUAGGGUGGGCUAUUAUAGUCUCCAAGAGAGAUCGUCCCUGCAAAUUCUAGUCACGUAUACCAGACAUCUCUACUGUGAAUAAAGGAGCAAAGUGGAAAUGGGUUCGACCCAUUAAUUAUUACCCUUGAUAA